UCAAGACCAUCAAGUAGAUAUUGAAGAAGUUGACCUGACUUUUGCCAGACUCAGUGCUGGAAUGUCUAUGGGCACUUUGGCUGCAGAAUUGCUUCAAUCUACAUUGGGGAAAAAACAAAAAAGCUCAUUGAAAGACCAGUUAGAAGAGCUGUGGGGGAAUUUCUUUGGGAAGGUUGCUACAAGUGUCUCUGAUUACCUUAGCAUUGAGCAUCUAGGUCUGAUGUUAGCUCACCUUGCACGUCUAGAACCAGUGAAACUCGAAAGGACAUUCCCUGAAACCUGUUUGCAGAAAGGAAGACCUAAUCUGUUAGUGUGUCCACAAGCUGACAUAUUGAAUGCUGUGUUGUCUGUGUACAUGUUGGAUCCUACCAAACCUUUGCCAGCUGAAGAUGAAGUGCUGGUUUGUACAGCAAAAACCACAGUGGAAGAAGUGUUGUUACUUUUGAAUAGGGCUGUGCAAGAUGACUCUGGGAAAAUCUACUGCUUGGUCAAUGCUGACAUGUUGGACUAUGAAGUUACUGAAAAAGCAGAAGAAAAACUGGUCAAGAGAACAACAGACUAUCAACUGGUUGUUUUAUGUAGCAGUGAAAGAGAAGACAAGGCACGUCUGGUGUCAGCCUUGGACAGGUACCGCGUACAAUCUCCACUGAUUUACCCUGUGAGAGAGAUACAGAACUAUUUGAAACAACAGUUCCAACGUGUGCCUGAGGGUCCUUUAAAACCAGUUUCCUCUUUGGACAUUGAAAAAUGUUGUGUACGUGUAGUAAUGUCGACGAGGGCUGGAGCUGGAAAGACCUUAGUGGCUAGGAGAUUAGCUAAACAAGUCAAGAUAUUGAAUCCAUCUAUGCAGAGAAUGGAAGUGAGCAUUACAAUACCACUGCAAGAAAAGACUGUGAAUUACUCAGCUGUGUUGUCAACUUUACUGAAUUAUACCCCAACCCCAGGCCAGACAAUCCCCAGACUUUUUCACCUUGACAUUGCACAUGAAGUACAAGAAGGUGUAGACAACCUACUUUUCAACCUGUUAGUUCUGGGAGCUCUGGUGGAUGAAAAGGGGUACAUAUGGAGAAAAUCCCCUUGGGACUUGUACGUCAUUGAAACAUUGCCACUCAUGAUGAGACAAGAGGUUCAUCAUCAGAGAGGACAUGUGCAGCCUUCAGUUCAGUUUGUUCACCACAUCCUGACACUCUUGCCCAGUGUCAAGUGUAGAUCACCCAAGGAAAGUCUGCACAUUCUCAUCAAUGAUAUGAGGAAACCACAGGACUGUUCUGCACAUGAUAAAUUGAUGGAUGAUACAGAGUUCCGCAGUGUCAUAUUCCAAAGACCAUUCCAGUAUCUACACAGAAUGAUGCAGGGGCAAGGUCUGGGAGGUGUUAAUCCCCGCACACCAGAGAAAACUCAUGCUGAGUGCCUUCAGGUGCUCCUGAGAUACUGUGGAAUUGAGGACCCAUCCUGGGCUGAAUUACGGCAUUUUGUAUGGUUUUUGAAUACCCAACUCCAAGAUUGUGAAAAUUCAAAUUUCUGUAGUGCAGCUGCAUCAGGAGACCUCCCAGGAUUUCUUCAGUUUGUAGUUAGAUUCAUGAUACAGAUGUCAAAGGACUUUGCUACAAGAUCAUUGGAUAUAUCAGAACAGACACCAGGACAUCAGAUGUGGUUAGCAGAGGAAGAAGAAGAAGAUGUGUUGGCUCGUUUCCAGCUGAAGCGGAGAUGGGAACUCAGUUCUCAUCCAUACACCUUUUUCAAUGCUGAUGGUCACUCCAUGACAUUCAUGGGGUUCAAUAUCAAUCAAAAUGGAGACAUUGUUGACAAUCAGACAAACGAAAUCAUUGAACGAGGAGUCAUGCCAGCUCAGUUGAAAGAUGCCCUCAUGGCAAAUAGAGUGCCCCUGAAUGAAAACUUUGACAAUUUGCCCAGGCUGCAGAAGAUAAUAAAGUUAUGCAGUGUGAUGGGCCUCCAGGAAAACAUCCAUGAUCCAGAUACUACUUAUGAACUGACAACAGACAAUGUGAAAAAGAUGCUGGCCAUUCACAUGGGAUUCAGAUGUGGUAUCCCAGUUGUGAUAAUGGGGGAGACUGGGUGCGGGAAGACCAGGUUGAUCAAAUUUUUAUGCGAUCUACAGAAACCGGUGGGCACAGAUAUACAGAACAUGAUCUUGAUGAAGGUGCAUGGAGGGACCACUCACACAGACAUAGCAAAGAAAGUCACACAAGCUAUGGACAUAGCAAAAGAAAACAAUAGACGCUCCCCUUACCCUAUCCACACAGUUCUGUUUUUUGAUGAAGCUAACACCACUGAGGCUAUAGGGUUGAUCAAAGAAGUGAUGUGUGAUGGAACUUUGAGUGGAAAACAACUUCCCCUCAAUAAAAAUGGCCUGAAGAUCAUUGCUGCUUGCAAUCCUUAUAGAAGGCAUUCAACAGACAUGAUCAGAAGAUUAGAACAGUCUGGGCUAGGUUAUCACAUAGAAGCAGAAAACACCAAAGACAAACUAGGCCAUGUGCCCAUGAGACAACUUGUCUACAGAGUUCAAGCAUUGCCACAAAGUAUGCUGCCAUUGGUUUGGGACUUUGGGCAGCUUAGUGCUGAGGUAGAAGAAUUGUACAUCAGACAGAUUGUACAAAGAUAUCUGAACAGUAACCCACUACCCAAUCUUCCUGGGCUGCAAAGGACAAUCAGCGCAGUUUUGGCCGCCUCACAGAAGUUCAUGAGAGAGCAGGAGGAUGAGUGCAGUUUUGUUAGUCUUCGUGACAUUGAGAGAGUCAUGAAUGUGAUGACAUGGUUCUAUUCACAUGGUAAUCACUUGUGGGAUCUUAUGGAUAAGAGGGCAGAGAGAGACCUGCUAGAAAAAUACAGAGGACAAGAAGAUGUCACAGAAAUUACAUAUGAUCCCCCAGAUGGCGUCACCAGAAGUCUGCUGCUUGCUCUUGGUGUGUGCUAUCAUGCCUGUCUACAGAAGAGAAAAGAAUACCGUGAUGAGAUUGCAAAGGUGUUCACAGCUCCCUGCAGUCUGCCUGAUGGGGCCACAACUAUCAAAGAAGAAAUUGUCAGAUGCCAGGAUGUUUUCUUGGAUCAAGUUCAGCUGGGUGAUAACAUUGCCAGGAACCAAGCUCUGAAAGAGAAUGUGUUUAUGAUGGUGGUGUGCAUAGAGCUGAGAAUCCCACUGUUUCUUGUUGGCAAACCUGGGAGUUCCAAGUCUCUUGCUAAAACAAUAGUCUCUGAUGCCAUGCAGGGAGCUUCAGCACAUUCAGAACUAUUCAAAAGCUUUAAGCAGGUCCGUAUGGGCUCAUUCCAAUGCAGCCCCCUUGCCACACCAGAGGGCAUUGUGGGAACCUUCCGUCAGUGUGCCCAUUUCCAGAAAGACAAAAACCUAGAUGAGUUUGUCUCUGUGGUAGUCUUGGAUGAAGUUGGCUUAGCUGAAGAUUCUCCAAGGAUGCCCCUUAAGACAUUGCACCCUUUGUUAGAGGAUGGUUCAGAUGGUGAUGAUAAGCCUGAACCCUACAAAAAAGUGGCCUUUAUUGGGAUUUCCAACUGGGCUUUGGAUCCUGCUAAGAUGAACAGAGGAAUACUUGUGCAAAGAGGGGUCCCUGAUGACAUGGAGUUGACUCAAACUGCCAGGGACAUCUGUUCUUCGGAUGAGCUGGUGCAGAAUUGGAUUGAACCAUACAUUUCUCCCAUGUCAGAGGCAUACUUGACAUUGUAUGAAAGGUCAACAUCAACAAUGAGAGAAUUCUUUGGACUAAGAGAUUUCUACAGUCUGGUUAAGAUGGUUUAUGCAUUUGCUGCUGACACAAAAAAACACCCAUCGUGGCAUCAAUUAAAACAUGCUAUAAAGAGGAACUUUGGAGGCCUAGAUACUGUCAAACCAGAAGAAGAAUUUGCUGCUUUACUGCCUUCUGUCAACAAGAAUGAACCAGUUGGACCAGAUGAUCCAGACAACUCUCCUUCUGGCCUUAUCCGUGCAAGUCUCACUGGACGCAUAGGGGACAGCGAGAGUAGGUACUUGCUCAUCUUGACAGAGAACUAUGCUGCUCUUAGUAUUCUACAACAUCAUCUCCUGAAUGUGAAAGACACAAUCAUCAUAUUCGGAAGCAGUUUUCCAAAAGACCAAGAAUACACACAGGUGUGCAGGAACAUCAACCGCAUCAAGGUUUGCAUGGAAACAGGGAGGUCUGUAGUUCUCCUCAACUUGGAGAAUUUGUAUGAAAGCCUUUAUGAUGCACUGAAUCAGUAUUAUGUUUACAUGGGAGGUCAGAGAUUUGUGGAUCUUGGAUUAGGAACCCACAGAGUCAAGUGUAGAGUACACAAGGACUUCAGGUACAGCCUUUUAAUACCAGUGUAA